AGAAAACGAGCGAGGAAAGCGCUCGUGCGGCAGCCGCCGUAACAAGAGCUUGAAAUGAGAAAUUUGCGAUAAGGUUUACAUGUUUUACCCGCCGCAUCAUGCGCGUGUUGUUUUUUUUAGUUUUUUAAGGGUUUUCAGUGCUUGCAGCUGACUCGUUCUGGUGUUCGAUAAUGAAGGGAGAGGCGGAAGUGAAGUCAUUUGACAGAACCGUCCAUGUUAUUAUUGUUAUUUUGGUAGCCCUGUGAUGAGACGAGCUGGGGAGCCGUUUGCUCUCGGAGACAGCGAGCUUUCACGGCACAGCAGGCCUCUCCGGACCCACACCACACCUUGCUACCAACACCUCACUGACCCGGAGACAGGAGCCUCGCUGGCGGCUGGGGGGGAGAGGAGGAGGAGGAGGAGGAGGAGGUGAAGACCCAGCUUCAGCUCGGCUCCUACGCUCCCAAAAAUAAAACGGCGACCAAAAAAAAUCUGCCCGAAAAGCGGCUCCCGUUGGUUCCGUCUGUAAGCAGGAAGGUACCGACGCAGACAUGAACGGUAUCAGCAAGAGCCGGUUCGAGGUGUUCUCAAACAGCGAUGAAGCCCCAAUUAACAAGAAGCUCCCCAAAGAGCUCCUUCUCAGAAUAUUCUCCUAUCUUGAUGUAGUUACACUCUGCAGAUGUGCACAGGUGUCAAAGGCCUGGAAUGUCCUGGCUCUAGAUGGCAGCAACUGGCAGAAGAUCGACUUGUUCAACUUCCAGACAGACAUAGAAGGCCGGGUGGUGGAAAACAUUUCGAAGCGUUGUGGAGGUUUCCUGAGGCAGCUUAGCCUCAGGGGCUGCCUGAGCGUUGGAGAUGCUUCUAUGAAGACAUUUGCUCAGAACUGCAGAAAUAUCGAAGUGCUGAACCUGAACGGCUGCACGAAGAUCACAGACAGCACCUGCCUCAGCCUCAGCAAGUUUUGCUCCAAGCUCAAACAGUUAGAUCUCACCUCCUGCGUCUCCAUCACCAACCACUCCCUCAAGGCACUAAGUGAUGGCUGCAGAAUGCUGGAGAUGUUAAAUCUGUCAUGGUGUGACCAGAUCACUCGAGAUGGCAUUGAGGCCCUGGCUAGAGGUUGCACUGCUUUGCGAGCACUUUUCCUCAGAGGCUGCAUGCAGCUUGAUGACGGCGCACUGAAGCACCUACAGAAGCACUGCCCUGAACUGACCACCAUCAAUAUCCAGUCCUGCACACAAAUAACAGAUGAAGGCCUGGUCAGCUUGUGCAGGGGAUGCCACAAGCUACAGAUCCUCUGCAUAUCUGGCUGCAGUAACAUCACUGAUGCCUCUCUGACUGCACUGGGACUAAACUGUCCACAACUUAAGAUCCUUGAGGCGGCGCGAUGUUCCCAUGUUACUGAUGCUGGGUUCACAGUCCUCGCAAGAAAUUGUCAUGAGCUUGAAAAAAUGGACUUGGAAGAAUGUAUUCUGGUGACCGAUAACACGUUGGCUCAGCUUUCAAUCCACUGCCCACGGCUGCAAGCUUUGUCCCUGUCCCAUUGUGAGCUGAUCACGGAUGACGGCAUCAGAGCUCUAAGCAACAGCACCUGUGGCCAGGAGCGCCUCACGGUGGUGGAGCUGGACAACUGCCCCCUCAUCACUGAUGUCACCCUGGAGCAUCUCAAGAGCUGCCAUCGUCUGGAACGUAUCGAGCUCUACGACUGCCAGCAAGUCACAAGGGCCGGCAUCAAACGCAUCAGGGCCCAGCUGCCGGAUAUCAAAGUGCACGCAUACUUUGCCCCAGUGACGCCACCUCCCUCUGUGCAUGGAGGUGGCCAGCGUCUGUGCCGCUGCUGUAUCAUCCUCUGACAAUGGAGGGCCAGAGGGGGGCACCUCUGUCUACAGGUCCUGCUGCUUUGAUAUGGCUCCUAAGAGGU